AAAACAUUUGUAUUGAUGUGGAGAUUGGUUGCAGGUUCCUUUCUCUCCUGUACACCUACACCUGUCUAACAGGUAUGAAACAUGUUGACAGCCUCGAUGUGGCAGUUCUGUUCUGUGUUUAAGCUACAAAGUCCAUCCUCAGAGCUCAUCCUGAACCUCCACAGGACUCACACUCUCUCUCCGCUUCUUCCGCGUCUGCGCGAAAAACGAGAAACUCUGCCUGCCUGCACGCAGCCACGUGCGGCGGACACGUCAUCCUCUCGGACGUGCAGGUGAGAGAAGGAAACAAAAAGAGGUGAUGGCGGAGCUGAACACGGAGGCAAAGCUGAAGACGCAUCUGAAGCAGGAGAAGAUCCAGCUGUGGAACCCUCCAUACACCGACGACAACAACCAGCCAGGAGCGCAGCACAUGCAGGAGCUGGCGGAGAGAUAUGCCCCUCUGGUGUGUCUGCCGGUGCAGGAGGUAGGGGGCGCUCUGGAGGCGAUCCGGGCGCAGGCGGUGAGGAGAGGGAAAGGAAACAAGACGUUCAAGGAGACGAGCAUGGCCACGCUGGAGCUGCUGCUGCCCAGAGACAGCAAGAAGGAUCCAAAGACAAAGAAUCACCUGGAGAUGAGACUGGACGUGUUGGUCCAGGAGGUGGUGGACAGGAUUGGGGAGGACUUUGGACUGAAACACAUCAAACUGAUCCUGAACGGGAAAACUCUGUGUGCAGACCAGCGUCUGGACGAGCAGGGCGUGAAGAACCACAGUAAGGUGAUGGUGCUGAAGGUGAGCGACAGCGAGUGGAGGCAGCAGACGAGAGACGAGGAGGAGAAGAAGAAGAACCAGAACGAGAGUCUCCAGAGGACUGAGAAGGGUUUCCAGAUCCUGUCUGAGAGAGACGGCAGUGAGGAAACGUCUCCGUUCCUGGAGAUCGCUGACCAGAGAGGAAACCCGCUGAAGAUCCCGCACAUCGAGAAGAAGGCUCUGAUCCUUGCUAUGGGUUUCCAUGAGAAAGGUCGCUCUCUGAUGAAGAAGAAGCAGUUUGAAAACGCUCUGUGUCACCUGCUUCAGGCCGACCAGCAGUUCAGUAAGUGCGGCUCGGCUCUGCUCAGCUCGGUGGAUAACUUCGCCGUCCUGCAGCUGGACAUUGUGUGGUGUUACCGCGCUCUGGAGGCGCUGUCCUGCCUGGACGACGGGAAGAGUCGCCUGCAGCGAGCCGAGGAUUGUUUCCUCAAGUGUUACGGCGAGCAGCGGCAGAGACUGCUGAUGAUCAAGGGUAACACAGGUAGAGAGGAGGUGUUGUUCUUGCGUCUCUACCUCCUCCAGAGUCUGCUGUCGUACAUCGAGGGGAACGACGCUCAGGCCCGACACCAGCUCGCCAAGGUGGAGUCUCUGUACGGUCGUCUGUGUCUGGACUCAGAGAAGAUGGCUCAGCUGAUGGCGUUGGGUUUCAACGAGAGAGAAGCUCGACUCGGUCUCAGAGCAUGUCAGGGCGACCUGCAGGAGGCCGCCAUCCACAUCAGCAACCAGAGACAGGAGAGGGAGGAGCUGAAGCAGAGGGAGCGUCAGAAGAGGAGCAGGAGGAUGGAGGGAGUCUCGACCCUCACUGAGCUCGGCUUCUCCAGGAGAGACGCCGCCCGAGCUCUGCAUCACGCCGAUGGAGACGUGGACCGAGCCUACCAGAUCCUCCUGGACUCCAGUCAAGCUGCUCAGCUGACCAAUAACAACACAGAGGGCGUGGUCAGUCCAGAGAGGGUGGAGCAGUUGUUGUACCUGGGCUUUGACAGGGAGCCAUCGGAGGCCGCUCUCAGACUGACGGGUGGAGACGUCCAAUCAGCGACUCAGCUACUGCUGGACAACCAGGGCGUCCUCCCACCAGAGCUCAUCUCUGUGUCCCCGCCCCCGUCCUCCUCUUCCUCCUCCCCCUCCCCCACCUCCGAGGAGCCCAGCACGUCCUCCAACUCCACAGACGACAGAGAGCUGGUGAACGAGGUGUUGGAGGACAUCUCUCGCCACGAGGAGGAUUACCUCGACCUGACGCUGGAGGAGGAGAGCGAGCUCAUCGCCAACAUGAAGACCUACCUGAACCGGGGGCCGACACACACUGUGUGACCCACACACUGUGUGACCCACACACACACACACACACACACACACACACACACACACACACCGCUUUACUUCCUGUUCGCCUGUUAAAGCAGUGAAGGUUAUUUCCUGUUGACUCAGACGUCCAAUCAGACGAGACUCCUUCAUUAAAGAUCUUUUUUUUUAAUCAGCAAUAACUCGAUGAUUCUCUCCUCUCAUUGAACCUGACUGUUAUGUUCUGAGAGGAAUCAUCAGACUUCUUCUUCACGUGUUGUUUUAAACCAAAGGACGCCGUUUCACUGUCGUUCUGACGGCGGCGAGUUCAGUUUGACGUCCGUCAGCAGUUUGAUUUCACGUCAUGUUUAUGUUGAUUGUCUCGUGUGAUGAGAAUAAAAGAUGAAGGUUGA